AUGACCCGGGUCAGAUGCAGUGGUCGCAGUCGGGUCGGUCGGGUGACGGGUCCAAGGGUGGUCGGAUUGGCCGAGAACAGCCUCUGCCGCGAACUGCUCAACCACACACCACCUCCUCAAAGGCAAGAACCCCGGAUGCAAGGACAACGGCAAGCGAUGAACUUCAGCAGUCUGCCCGGAUCACCAGCCGGCUUGAAAUCGGUCAAUCCUUAUCUUCAGCGGGCGAAAGAGAUGGAAAAGGUGGACCCUGUGAUCUCUUAUUGGUGCGCCUUUCAUGCCGCUCAAACUUGCAUGUCAAUCGGUCACAACGAACCCGAAAGUAGAGAAUUUCUGAUGCGUCUAUUGGACCUCCUCGAACACGCCAAAACCCAACUCUCGGAGAACGAUGCGAUCACUAAUAAUCUCGCGGCAACGGCGUAUGUCGAGAACUUUGCGCUCAAGAUUUUCGAUGGGGCUGAUAAGGAAGACCAACAAGGCCUUUCGACCAGAACUACAGCCCAGAGGUUUUUGGCCGCCGCAUGUUUCCUAGAAGUCUUGCAGUCACUGACAAACCAGCCUGAACCAGACAUAAUGCAAAAGAUCAAAUAUUCGAAAUGGAAAGCGGGCUCGAUCUCGAAAGCGAUACGGGAUGGGAAUAGCACAAGUCAACCCGCAUCCGAAGGUGUGGCCCGCUCGCCAGUAGAGUCACUAAACCGACCGAACCAUGCCGAAGUCAGGGAUCUACCGCCAUUACCAGAGUCGGCCCGAUCGCAGGAAGGGUACAGCGACUGGCCGACGGAGCUAGCGACGAGCUCGAUGACCAAGCUUCCGUCGCCGGUCCUGGCGCCCAACCUAUCGGCCACCAAUUCCUCGGGCAAGCCGAGCCCCUUCCCAUCCACCGUCUUCCCACCCACCUCACAGAACACCAACCCCAGCCUGCCCGCCCCCGAUUUCCCCGCGCCCUCGCCCGGCCCUCCCGGCCUCCCAUCCACCGCCCAACCCCCUGCAACCCAUCUCUCCCGAUUCCCAGUCGUCCCUGGCUCGUCGUCAUCAAUCGAACCGACUAGCACCCAGACUAGUCACCCCGUCCAACAGACCUUCUACUCCACUUCCGCCGCCUCCGUCCCCCCUAACAACACCCACUCCACCAACCUCCUCGACCCUGCCACCUCACUCACUCAACCUUCCUCCUCCUCCUCCUCUUCUCACAACAAUAAUAAUAGCGCCAUCCAAAUCCCGUCGACUCUUCCGACUAGUAAUACCCUCGUCAACCCCAUCAAAAUCGCUCAGGCUCAGAAACACGCUAAGUGGGCUAUCUCCGCACUCAACUUCGACGAUAUCUCCACCGCUAAAAAUCAGCUCCAAAUCGCCCUUGAUACUCUUAACUCCCUCUAGUCUGCUUUCUGACCAGCUAUCUUCAGAUCCACUCUUUCCACUCAAUCCACUUUUUUUGAAACAAAAAAUAAACCCCAGUCCAAUUGUUACUUUAUAUCUCUUACAUAGCUCGCAUUUUUUUUUUCUCUUCUCUUCUAUUAUAUCCUUAUACUUUUAUAUCUUCAUUUCCUUUACUUCCUUCUUUUGGUCUAAUUUAUAUAAUCACACUUGUUUCUUCUUUUGUCUUUCUUUAAUGAUCCAGUGACUUAUAUGAACAAAGAUCUAUUCAAUUUACAUACAUUUAUUUGUUUUGUUUUUCCUGUCUCUCUUUUUGACUUUCUCAAUCUCACUUUUUCCUUCUCUUUCUUUCUUUCAUUUUCAAUAAUUAUAUAUAUAUAUAUAUAUGCUUGUUUGUGACUAUGCUCCCCUCAUGCGUUGUUCAUUUAAUUCUUUCUCUUUGUUCAAUUUAGGCAAAAAAACAAAUAAAGAAGAUCUGUAUUA